AUGAAGGCGGCGUUCUCGCGGGGUGAGCCGCCCUGGCGGCGGCAAGGGCGCCACUGCGGGUAUAAAUACCGCCUCAGAUCUUCUCAGCGUCAGUUCCCAAAAAGCCUCCUAAUAAACAAGUGUAAAGAACUCUUCACAAAAGUCGCCAUGCAUAUUUCACUCUGUCUCGUCCUCUUGGGUUGCGUUGGUGCCUUGGCCUCGCACCCAUCACCAUACGCACCACCUCCGAGCUAUGGUUACCAUCAGCCACAGCCGAGCUACGGCAAGUACGGAAGUUACUGCGACCCGAAGGCACCCCCCGCAUGCUCGGUGAAUGGUACUCUGAUGUACUGCCUGGAAGAUGCGGAAUACCCCAGCUACGAAAUCAAGUUACGUCCGUAUCUCGGGGCCCCACUGCAAUUUUCGCAGUUGAUUAGAAGAAACUACGGUCAGCAGCUCUCGGCAGACGGAGCUUUAUUUGAUUAUUUCCCCAUCGGCAAAGCGAAUGAAAACAAACACCGAUUCACUUACAUCUCUGAUUUACGACUGCCGUCAUGGCUGACACGAAGUGAGAAUGCUCAACUCGACUCGUUGAAUCGGAGAAGCGUAGCGUCUCGCGAAUGCAUAAUCGUGGAUUUAUCUCCAACCGCGUUUUCUUGGCGGGACUUUGUGGGAGUCAUCAGCCAAGACCCGUUGUUCCCGAAAAAGUACUCCGACCUGCCUGAGCAGUCGGGCAAGGACCUGGUGGACCAAGUCGGGGACCGCGAGGCGAAGUUGGACUACAGCUUCUACACAGGCGCGUCCAAGGGCCCGAGCCCGUUCGACAAGACCCACUGGACCGGGCCCGAGGGCAUGUUGUGCCCGUCGGCCGUCAAAUACAUCCAACCCCGUCGCGCCAAGAACGUGGCCGGCGAAUGGCGCGUGGUGGUCAACGACGCGCACUACUACACCCAAACCCUGCGCGAGGAAGUGUGCCACCACCCCGACAACGCCUGUCGUCUGGUGCCUGUCUGCGUCAAGAGCAAGUGCACCCAGAAGUACGUGUACCACCGGCUCUUGUCCUUCGACCCCUGCGACCCCUACAAGGGCCUGUUCAUCGACGUCUUCCGGUUCCCAUCGGCCUGCUCUUGCCACGUCGCCUAAAAACAAAUAUCGAAAUGGAGAACAAGAGGACGAGUUUCUUGGCUAAUCUUUGAGCCUGCGGACCGAGUCCUGGAUCAUUUCUCGAUUUGACAUUCAUUCCGUUGUCGGACAGUCGCUUCCUUCGAACACCUGCCAUCAUCAAGUCGGUCACGAAUGGAAAACAACUUGGAAUUGAUCCAUGACUUUCAAAAUUUUAUUCUUCACUGUCCUGAGAUUUUCACCCAUCUUUUAAUCUCGUGGCGCGAGAUGCUGAGAGUUCCUGACACUCUCGAAAUAUUUUACCAUGGAAAAUAUACCCGAAAAGUUGACUAGAAA